AUGUAUUUUGGCAUGCAAGUGGGCAGCGUCAACACCAUAUCGCCGUCUACGGCUCUCAUCUCGUUCGCCAUCUUCAAAAGCCCGGAUCAAUGGCUAGCACACGUUUUUACACCUGCAGAAAAUGUUGUGGUUCAGACCAUUGCUUCCUCCAUAGCAGGCAUGCCCAUUGCGGCGAGCAUGCUCAGCGUUGUCCCUGCCUUCGAAUUCCUAAGAAGACCAGAAGAGGGAGGCCAGCGCCACUUCUCUAUUACCGAGUUGAUUUUAUGGUCGCUAGGAGUGUCUUUGUUUGGUACCGUCUUUGCUGCUCCUUUUCGCAAAUAUUUCCUCCUGUGGGAGCGGCUACGCUUUCCUGGCGGCUUCGCCACAGGUGUCCUGAUCGGGGCGCUCCACAAGGAUGGCGAGAUUGCCUAUAUCGCUGAUCUGGAUAAGAAGGGCUUAUCCUUCGUGGACUCAGAUCGUGCGAUCGAUGCAGCUGCUGAUGAUGCUGGAGAUGAUGCAUCACCUGACCUUUCUCAAACGCAGAGUCACCUUUCGUCGACCAGCCAUGUAGCAAUCAUCCUCAAAGCUUUCUGUGGCACCACCAUCUAUAUAUUCGUCUCAUACUUUAUUCCGAUAUUGAACGCUCUUCCAGUCUUUGGGCCUGCCGCGGCUGGUGACUGGCUUUGGUUCCUGACUUUGUCUCCAGCAUUCACGGCUUUCGGGAUGAUAUUAGACCUAUCCGUUGCCUACUCUAUAGUGCUUGGGGCUAUUCUGGGUUGGGGAAUUCUCUCCCCAAUUGCCAAAAAUCACGGAUGGGCGCCGGGGUUGGCUACUGAUAUGGAAACAGGCGUUCGUGGUUGGCUCAUCUGGAUCAGCAUCGCCUUCUUACUUGGAGACGCCAUGAUCAGGGCACUCCAUGGGCUCACAAGCAUUACUCUGGGCCUCUACAAUAGCAUUCGAUCUCAACCAGGACAGUUUUGUAUUGGCUGCUGCUAUCCACUUCGCUUUGUCACAUACCUUGUCUUCGGUCGGGAAAUACCGCUUUAUCUUAUUGUCACAGCUGUUGCAAUAGCAUUUCCACUCUGCCUUGUUGUCAUCCAGUCCACUGGUGAAACAGAUACCGUACCAUUAAACAGUCUCAGCAAUGCUUGCCAAUUUCUGUUCCUUCUAAUGUUAUUCGAGGGUGCUGGGGCCAAGCUCGCCACAAUGAUUGCCGGGGCUAUCACGGAAGCUGGUUUGUGGCAAUCUGCCGUUUUGAUGACAGACCUUAAGACGGCCUACCUAGUGCGAGCCUCUCCGAGAGUCAUGUUUCACGCACAGCUACUCGGGUCCGUGAUAGGAUGCUUCAUAGGCAGUGUUAUCUAUCGAACUUUCACUGCCGUAUACAGCAUUCCAAGCAAGGAGUUCUCUAUCCCGCUCGCUCACAUGUGGGUGAACACAGCCCGACUCGCCAAGGGGGGAGAUCUUCCUAAAGGAGUCGUGCCAUUUGCUAUUGCAGCACUCUUUAUCUUGGCUUGCCUGCGUGCCAUCUGUAUAACAGCGGGACAACGGCGUUGGACAUCCUGGCUCCCCAGUGGAGUUGCCAUUUCCAUUGGCAUGUAUGUUCCUCCAUCGGUAACACUGGCGAAGUUCAUUGGUGCUGGACUGCGAUUGUACUUCAUGCGAUGGUGGGCGGUUUCUGAGCUGACGCUAAUGGCUGCUGCGACGGACUACAUUCUGAGUGAAGGGACCUUGGGAUUUGUUCCCAUGACCAUGGCGGCGUUGGGUAUCCCGCGGCUCAUGUAA